AUGGCCUUUGUUCGUCGCCUGCUGUGCAUGGCAGCGCUUGCCGGUGCUGCCGAUGUUUAUUAUACACUUGAUUUGACAUGGGAGACCGGCUCACCAAACGGCCUGGAACGGGAUAUGAUAUUCGUGAACAACCAGUUCCCAGGGCCGCCAAUGAUCCUCGAUGAGGGCGACGAUGUGACUGUUGAAGUUCACAACCAUAUGCCAUUCAACACCACAGUCCAUUUCCAUGGAAUCGAGCAAUUGGGUACUCCAUGGGCCGAUGGCGUACCUGGGUUGACCCAAUGGGCGAUUCAACCAGGACAGUCGUAUACCUACAAAUGGCACGCAAAUGAUUAUGGGACAUACUGGUAUCACGCCCAUGACCGAGCAACGCUACAGGAUGGUCUGUAUGGUGCGAUACAUAUCAGGCCGUCAAAGGACCGCGAAAACCCCUUUUCCAUGAUCUCGAACGACACCGACGACACACAUGCCAUGGAAGAGGCAGAGAGACACACAAUACCGGUGAUCCUGUCGGAUUGGGAUCAUUUGACAUCAGUGGAGUACAUGGAAGCAAUGGAAGCCACUGGCUAUGAUAUUUUUUGCUCCGAUAGUAUCCUUGUCGGCGGCAUGGGGUCUAUCUAUUGCAAGGACCCCAAGGAACUGACGGCGCUCCAGGCCGCGCCAGUUCAGCAGGUGAUUAAUGCGACAUUAACUGAUAAAGGAUGUGUCCCAUUCGUGACAAAACUGCAAGGAGACUGGGAACACCACCCCGAUAAACUGCCACCCGGGUUGAACGACGGCUGCGUCCCCAGCGACGGUCCCGAUGCCGAAUACAUGGUCGACGCAUCCCAUGAAUGGGCCAGUUUCAGCUUCAUCAGCGCCGCCAGUCUCAAGGCCCUAGUAGCCUCGAUCGACGAACACCCCAUGUACGUCUACGAGGUUGACGGUCGGUACAUCGAGCCCAGUCUAGCUGAGAGCAUCGAAAUAUACAACGGGGAGCGGUACUCCGCCAUGGUGAAGCUGGAUAAGGAGGCCGCGCAAUACACAAUGCGUAUUGCCAAUACUGGGGCCAACCAGGUAAUAUCGGGGUACGCGAAGGUGACAUACCAGGGAGGACAGGAUAGCACACGGCAGUCAAGUCCGUACAUCAACUACGGCGGACAGAAUGUAACAGAGUCAGUGGUGAAAUUGAACACCAGCGAUCUGCGUCCAUUCCCAGCAAUCUACCCAGCACAGACAGCAGACGACUUCCACCUCCUAACACUCGGCCGGAUUAAUUCAUCGUGGGAAUGGACGCUGGACGGUACGAAGUUCUUCCCAAGCGACUUGGACUCUAUGCAGCCUGCUCUCUGUAACCCGGACAGUCCGGACCUUGAAUCCGCGCUGAAAAUCACCACGCGCAAUGGGACGUGGGUUGAUCUGGUGUAUCAGCUGCGCAUUGAAGCCCCGACGGUCGUGCAGCCUCCCCAUCCAAUGCACAAGCACUCCAACAGAGCAUUUCUGAUUGGCCGGGGUGUGGGGGACUUCAAGUGGCGGAGUGCGGAUGAGGCGCGCAAACAGGUGCCGGGGAAUUUCUUCUUGGAUAGCCCGUUGUACAGGGAUACGUUUGUGACUGCGCCGGCUGGAGAGGCGUGGAUGGUGGUGCGCUAUCAGGUGGUUAAUCCCGGGCCGUUCUUCUUGCACUGUCAUAUGGAGACCCAUUUGCAUGGGGGGAUGGGGAUGUUGUUGUUGGAUGGGAUUGAUGCGUGGCCGGAGGUGCCAGAGGGAUAUUGUUAA